CGCAAGAACACGGACUUAUCUAUUGACACAAAGCAAGUUAAACACCAACGAGUUGAAGAGACCACUCCGUCUCCUGAUUUCUGGCCUCCCUCUCCUAUUGAAUAUGGGGUUAACGAUCCCGUUAACUACUGGCCUCCUACCCCUACUACUGAAACUGAAGACCUAAAUAAUCUUCCG